GCAUUGUUCACUGCCCUUGGCAAUUUUUUGACCAGAUACUUGCCUUCACUAUGUCGGACCUUGCAACGGUAAAGGCAGAGAUCAAGGCAUGGGAACGAGACUUCAAGACAAAGUAUAGCCGGUUAGCACAGGUGCAGGAUAUCAAGGAGCAUCCGGAUAUUGAGGCCAAAUACAAACUAUACAAGGCCUUGGGCAAAGCUUCUGCCGCCAAGAGUCGCGCUACAUCUUCCAGCACAUCCAUCACUCCGUCGAAAGCACAAAAACACGAAUUUUCGCGUUUGCUGCCUAAAGCCCGUGCCGGCGAAACAACGGCACCCUUGUCUACCUUUAAUCCCUUUUCUCCACAAAAGAAUAAAGGAAAACAGAAAGAUGUGCUUCCGGUCAUCAAAGAUUUCCAGUCGAAUCCGUUUGCUACACCUUCCAGAGUAAAAUCUCGGGCACCUAUCCGAGAGGUGUCCCCGCUUUCCGUUGCUCCCUUCCAGCCGUUGGUAUUCCCUGCCGCAAGCACUGUACCGGAGCCAACGAGUGCUGUCACCAGAGCACGAAAACGCCUACGCGGCGAACCGGUUUCCCCUUCCCCCAGUAAAGAGAAGCGUCGACGGGUAGCUUCUGGGCAUACCCUUACCUUUUCACGAAAAGAUCCACCAUCCGGUGAUAACGAUGAAGAUUAUUCUCAUGUUGGAAACUUAUCAUUUGUUGAUGACUCCCCCGUUAAAAGUUCGAAUGGAUUCAAGUUGUUGUUCGAUGACACGAAACAGUCUAAAUCACUAUUUCCUCGCUCCAAGACAGCUCAUUCUUCCUCGGAUGUCUUCUCUUCAUCUACCGAUGAGGAGAUGGACUGGCAAGUUCCGCAAAGUCUCGAGACAAAUACCGUGCCUCAUAACAGCAAAGGCAACGGGAGGCCCUUUCCCUAUUCUGAAGUUCCUUCCAACGUCCAUCAAAAGCCUCAAGGUGCUUCUAAGAAGACUACACAAGCGCCUGUCUACAUCGCUGCACCCAAGCUUCGGAAACGUGUAUUAUCUAAUGCAGAUGCAGUCGAGUCUUCAUCCCACAACCGUGCCUCUUCCCUGAUUCCUCCUUCUCCGCUACCCGAUGCUUCGAAACGGAGCCACGGCUCCUUCAAUGGAAAAGGGAAAGUGGCCCGUUACAAUGGACGGAAGAAGGCCAAGUUAACCGCUACUACUUUAGAUACUGACAACGACGACGAAGAGUCGGAUGAAAAGGUUAAGGUAGUGCAUCGAACUUAUGGAUCACCUCGUAAAGAUAUGUUGGGGCAGAACUCAGAUGUCGACGCCGAUGAUACUUUUGAUGCCCCCUCGCACCCGCACAUUGUGGGUGAUGAACAGGACACUGGCAGAUUUGAUGUCGAUCUUCCCGACAGAUUUCGUCAUGUUUUGGCGUUUUCGCCGUCUGAAUUACAGAUGCGUGACUACCAGGAGUUCCGGGUUAUCGAAGGUCUGUUAUAUGGACGGAGAGCGGAUCAUUACGAUCCGUCGAGGGGUGGCGAGAUUUGGGAUGUUGGGGAGGAUGAGCACGGCGGCCGACAAUUGGCGGUGGCGGAUGAAAGUGAGGACGACUGGCAAGGUGAGCCUGUGGCAUGGGAGCUCGGAGAACUAUAGUGUACUGCGUACUGUUUCUUAUUCAAUCAUUCGGAAGGCAUUGUUGUAUUCAUAGAUACGCCCAAUCAACACGUUGCGGAGUAUCACAGCC